AUGAACAGUGGACUCCCACCUUCAGCUGCUCCGCUCGGGGGUGCCGGGAUACCUAAUGUCAAGGUGAAGUUUUGUCGAUACUACGCAAAAGACAAAACCUGCUUUUAUGGAGAUGAGUGUCAGUUCUUGCAUGAGGAUCCGUCCUUGGCGAGUUUGCCGCUGCACGGCGGCGGCAGCCCUGUCCCGUUGUCCAUGGCCGGGGGUGGUGGGACGCAAGCGGGGUAUUCCCUUGGCGGCUCCGCGGCGGGCUGCCCGGGCGGUGGGGGCACCGGCGUGCCCAAGAAGAGUGAAACAUUGGGGCCUGCGAAUACGUCUCUGGAGGGGCAGCUGUUAACCAUCCCAGGGAUGGAAGGUGCAACCCUGAGCGAUGCCAAUCUUACCAACUCUUACUUCAGCAGCAGCUUUAUUGGGGUCAAUGGAUUUGGAAGUCCAGCAGAGCCUAAAUACUCAAUGAUGCAGCGAAUGACUACCAGCAGCAGCUCUCCCAGUCUUCUCAACGAUGGUGCCAAGAACUUCAGCCACAGCACUCAUGAUCCAGUGAACUCCCCGACAUCCUCACUGUUCAGUGAUUUUGGUGCUCUUAGCAUUUCCCAAAGGAGAAAGGCUCCUAACCCGGCAGCGAGUGAAUUCAUCCCUAAGGGAGCUCCACGUAUGGCCAAUAUGGCUCAGUCCACUGUCCAGGCCUUCCCCUCACCUCUCUUUGCACAUCCUGGUCUCAGCGGCUCCACAGCUGCUGCCCUGGCUCCAGGAAUGUCGUUGUCUGCGGGAUCUUCUCCUCUUCACUCACCUAAAAUUACACCACACACCUCACCUGCUCCCCGUCGACGCAGUCACACCCCAAACCCUGCCAACUACAUGGUGCCCACCACUGCGUCUGACCAGGGUGCACACAUUAUCCAGAAAGAGACUGUAGGGGGGACGACCUACUUUUACACAGACAACACCCCGGCACCAAUGGCUGGGAUGGUGUUUCCUACCUACCAUAUCUAUCCACCCACGGCGCCACAUGUGGCUUACAUGCAGCCGAAAGCCAAUGCCCCGUCCUUCUUCAUGGCUGAUGAGCUUCGACAGGAGUUGAUAAACAGACAUCUAAUAACCAUGGCCCAAAUUGACCACUCAGAAAAUCCAGAUGUACCAUCUGAGGUGGACAGCUAUCACAGCCUGUUUCCCCUCGAGCCCCUUCCCCCACCAAACCGCAUGCAGAAGACCAGCAACUUCAGCUACAUCACCUCGUGCUACAAGGCAGUGAAUAGCAAAGAUGACCUACCGUACUGCCUGAGGAGGAUACAUGGUUUCCGCCUCGUUAACACAAAGUGCAUGAUGCUGGUGGACAUGUGGAAGAAGAUUCAGCACUCAAACACUGUAACAUUGAGAGAGGUCUUCACCACCAAGGCCUUUGGAGACCACUCUUUGGUGUUCUCGUAUGAUUUCCAUGCAGGUGCAGAAACCAUGUUCAGCAGACACUUUAAUGACCCAGCAGCAGACUCGUACUUCACCAAAAGGAAAUGGGGACAACAUGAACCCCCUCCACCACGGCAGCAUGCGGGUCUGCUCCCAGAAUCCCUCAUCUGGGCAUACAUCGUCCAGCUCAGCUCAGCCCUGCGCACCAUCCACACGGCGGGCCUGGCUUGCCGUGUGAUGGACCCCAGCAAAAUUCUCAUCACUGGCAAGACCAGGUUACGGGUGAACUGUGUUGGGGUGUUUGACGUCUUAACAUUUGACAACAGUCAGACCAAUCAUCUUGCCCUUAUGCCACAGUACCAGCAAGCAGAUCUCGUGUCACUGGGCAAGGUUGUGCUGGCUUUGGCAUGCAACUCCCUGGCUGGCAUACAAAGGGAGAACCUGCAGAAGGCCAUGGAGCUGGUGUCUAUCAACUACUCUUCAGACCUCAAGAACCUCAUUCUGUAUCUGCUGACCGAACAGUCUCGCCUGCGCAGCGUCAAUGACAUCAUGCCGAUGAUUGGAGCCAGAUUCUACACACAACUGGACGCAUCGCAGAUGAGGAAUGACGUCAUUGAGGAGGAUCUGGCCAAGGAGGUGCAAAAUGGCCGACUCUUUCGCCUGCUGGCCAAGCUGGGCACCAUAAAUGAACGUCCAGAAUUCCAAAAGGACCCAACGUGGUCAGAAACGGGCGACCGCUACCUGUUGAAGCUUUUCCGGGACCACCUGUUUCACCAGGUGACAGAAGCCGGGACGCCCUGGAUUGACCUCAGCCACAUCGUCUCCUGCCUCAACAAACUGGACGCGGGCGUUCCUGAGAAGAUCAGCCUGGUGUCUCGGGACGAGAAAAGUGUCCUGGUUGUGACCUACUCGGACCUGAAGCGCUGCUUUGACAGUACCUUCCAGGAGCUGCAGGCCGCUGCAUCCGGCUCUCUGUAGCGCCGCUUUCAGGCCCGGCAGGGUGGAGUUGCCGGGACCUGGAGCACAUUUUUGCACUACAGUGGAGGACCAGGCUCAAAGAGAUGACAUCAGCAUGGCAAAGGCAGCGGGGCAGGGCUUCGUGAACCUCAGUCACAUACACUGACCCUGUCCACCAGGAAGGCUUUUCUAAAGUGUAACUUUUCUUUUUUAGUUUUCUUAAACCCCACAGCUGAAAAUUUAAAAACAAAAGGAGGAAAACAAAAGUUUAUGGACAAACAUGGAAGCUGUGACGAACGCAUAUGAUGACAUUUUUUUAAGAUUCGGGGAACAAAGUGAGACACAGAACGUGACGUUUUGAACUUUUCCUGCUUUUAUUGUUUGUUUCUACAGCUGGGGUUUAUUUUUCUGAGGAGGAUGCACUAAGAUUUUAAUUUUUUUGUUAAUUUUUGUUAUUUUUAUGAAUAUGUGUGAGUGGCCUACAGGGUGAACGGAGAGCUAAAAUCACACAUGGACAUAAAUACCAGAGCAGACUCGGAAUUGAAACAAAAACAACAAAAAAAAAGAAAUCUAGCUUUCUACUGACUGCAUCUUUCUUCCGGUUGGAGACCACACCCCUUCAUUCUGAAGCACUUGGAGACGGGAGACACCACUCAAGGCUUUCAUUGGAAUUGGACAGCUAACUAGCUUUAGCCUUGGUUGAUGGUUCCCCUUUGACAAAAGGAAAUAAAACCACUUGGGUAGGGUGGGAAGGGUUUGUAAAACUGGAAAACAAAUAAGGAUUUCAGACAUUUUGGUUCAGGAGAUAAUGGAAUUUGGGUUCAUUUGCAGUGGGGUGGCAUGGAAUGGGAUUUGGGAUUGGGUGGGUGGAGACUUGUGGUGUCUAUGGGCACUCAGGAAGAGGUGUCUUCUCCUGGGGUAGUGUGAGAUGGGGGUGGGGUGGGGUAGGGAUGCGUGGCUUCUGUUGGCACUGAGGAAGGGGUGUCUUCUCCUGUUGCCGUCUACCAAGUGUUUGUUACAUAUGCAGCAACCACCUUUGGUCAAUGGACACGGUCGUGGCAUCUACUGCUCAAGGAAGGGUCAUUUUGGCUGUGCUACCCAACACUUGGGUGUAGCCCAUGGGUGGGGCUUCUGUUGAGGUGGAGCCAUAGCUGCCUCUUUGUGGAAUGUCCUUAUUUGGUCCCCCACCUAUCUUCUCACCCCUAAUGUCCCUUAUAUAUGUCUCUUUCUUACUGUCCCCUCUUUUUCCUUCCCUUUUAUCCCAAACUUCACCUCCCCUCAGGGGGUCUGGGCCCCUCUACUUUGGAGAAAAAGCAAUGCUUUUGUGACUUUUUCCCAGCUGUUUUUUUUUCUUUGCUCAGUUGUUGUGCAGGAAUGCAUGAUGGGAAAUUGGGAGGGCUGUCAAGUUUUCUUUUUUUGCUUUUUAUUAUUCUGUGGACCAAUUCCAGCAGGGGUUUAGGUAAAUGGGAAGGGGAUGGAGGGCGAAGGAGGGUACAAACAGGGCACCAACUGUAAUUUGUUUUAUUUGUGUGUUUAUUUUUUAAGAUCAUGAAAUACAAACUUGCUGGAGACACAGCAGCAGCGCUGGCUGCUGCACUCACUUGGAUGACUUGGCUUUCUCUCAGGAUGACGAACAGCUGGAUGGGCCCAAUGAUUGAAUGUGUCUGGCUGUCAUUGGCUGCCCCUUGUCCAGUCAUAUAGAUGAGUUACAGUGGAGCGGGCGGGACGUCUUCAGAUGGCGGUUUUAGGAAGUUAAUGUAAGUUUAAGACAUUGUGGGGGGGAUUUCAUGUUGCCCUGAAGCACAGAUCUACUUUUGGUUCAUUUACCACUCAGACAUUGUUCAUUUACCUUCAAUUACCCAGAAAACAACAAGUUCUGCCAAGCUAAAAUUCCUGACUCCUCCAAUUCAGAUUUUUCAUAGAAUCAUUUGAAUGUUACAAACACGAGGCUUUAAAGUGACAAAGACUCUCACACACACACAGUUGAAUCAUGAUGAUAGAGGUCAAAAUCAAGUAAACUGUCCCGGAUGCAGUCGACUUUUACGUGAGCUUUUCAAUGCGGUCUGUUCUUGGGGGCAACGACAAACCUUCAGGGUGCUGGCUGUGUUAGAUCAUGUACUACUUCCUCUGUUUUAGUAAACGAGAAAAAAAUGAACCGACAAAACUUAUCUGGUGAAUGUGGUGCUUUAGAAAACCCUUUGAAACAAACUUGCACACAUUUUGAAAAACACACACAUGCCCCUUCUGACUCGGCCUGUGUAACGUCAGUGCUCAUAUCACUGUAUUCCACAUGAUAACACACACACUCCGGUUAAUAUUAGUGAUGACCUUCUCCUCUUCCCCAACAUCAACACACCUACAAUCACCAUCUUAGUAUGUUUUAAGCCCCUCUUGUGUUCUUGUCUCAAAUUUUUGCAAUAUUUGUGUGUACAGCAGUAUUUUAAUAAAGAAUACCAAAACUGA